AAGUUUAGUAAUUUGUCAUGAUUUAAAGGUUCGAAGGCAGAAGGAAGUUUUGGAUAUUUUAUUGGAUUGACCACAUAUGUCAUAGAAUAUUGCACAGAUAAGCAAUGAUUAAUUGGGUUCAAUUGAAUGAUAAGUUUUAGUUUAUGGCAAGUGACACAUGAAGUGGUGUUGUGUUCAAAUGAAAGUGUUUGCCGGAGUAGUGUUAAAUAGUUCAAUUUAUGUUUGAUGUUGAAGUAUGUGGUUUAAUGCACAAAAUAUUACCAGCGUACAAUUAGAAUAAUAAAUACAUAACUUAUAUGCAAUUGAGUUGAAGAGCACAAAGGAGGGGAAAAUAUUCGAUUAAAACUUGUUAAAAUAGGAAAAUAGUAAUUCAACCGCACAUUUAACAUUUGCUCCAUCCAAGGAUAUACCUAUAUAAUUUCCAAAAUUUUGUUUGCUUCGUUAUUUGUUGGUGUGGUUGUAAUCAUAGCCGUUGUCCUAUUGGAAAUUUGUAUGUGGACAACCGAUGUGACUACAUCUAAUUCCAUGGCACAUUUUACUUGGUAUAAUAAACACAACCUGCCUCAAUCUAAUGUGAAUCGUGCGGAUAUUGAACAUCAUGUGCCUCUCUGUUCCGUUACGGAUGUUCAGUUAAGAUUUUUAGUACCAGAUGAUUUAACUGAGGUGAGAACAUUGUGUCAAGAUUGGUUUCCUAUUGACUAUCCGCUGUCAUGGUACGAAGAUAUUACAUCCAGUACGCGUUUCUUCGCGCUCGCGGCUGUUUACAAUCUGGCUAUUAUAGGAUUAAUAGUUGCCGAAAUCAAACCUUACAGAAAUCUGAAUAAAGAGGAUAAAGGAAUUUUACCAGAUUCUAUGGGCCGUAAUGCUGACAUUGGUUAUAUACUAUCAUUGGGUGUGCAUCGGAAACAUCGACGAAAUGGUAUUGGGUCUUUAUUGCUGGACUCCUUACUGAAUCAUUUGACGACCGCCGAACGUCAUUCGGUGAAAGCGAUUUUUCUACAUGUGCUAACCACAAACCAACCUGCCAUACAGUUUUAUGAAAAAAGAAGAUUUCAUUUGCAUUCCUUCCUUCCCUACUAUUAUAACAUAAGGGGUAAAGGGAAAGAUGGUUUUACAUAUGUCACUUACAUUAAUGGAGGUCAUCAACCAUGGACAUUAUUAGACCACAUCAAGCACUACGUAUCGAAGUUACAGCAUGCUGGUGCAGUUUUCACUUGGAUUUCGACUCGUUUGAGGCAAGUUGUACGUUGGAUUUGUCAUAAAACCGUGUCUCGUUUUAAUUUUGCACAUUAAGUUCAAGAAUUUCACAGAAGCACCGAGUGGUAUAUUCGAAGGAAAGAAAAAAAUCCAAAUCUGUAGAUAUAUAAGUGUAUUUAGCACUGUGCUAGAGAAAUUGCAAAUAGGAAAAUAGUUUGUUUUUAGUUAUUAUAUAUGAAUGAUAGACGAUGGGAGAUUUUUUAAAGAAUUAUGCAAACAUAAUCAUGGUUAAAUUGUUGACUGCGUUCAUACCGACAUACAUAUAGACAUAUUGACUUGCAUGGAAACUAGUUUUAAAGUAUGUAUAUUAUGUAUAAGUAUUUAAAUUUUAUAAAGGAGUCCCAACUAAAUUAUGUACGGAUCCACAGGACACAAUCACUUCAGAUAACAUUCACUAAUAUCAUUUCGUCCUUCACUUAUUUUAAACGGUUAAACGUUCCGUUUGUGUUUGUUUUAAAUUAAAAACAAAUUAUUACAACAAUUUAACAAAUUCCAAAUAUGUAUUUCAAUCCCCAAAUAAUUGAGGCCAAGUAUUCUUUUAUUAUCACACAUCAGUUUAGUCAGAAUUUUUUUUUUGUAUUUCCUUUCCUACUUUCCGUUUUUAGUUACAAUGUUUUGUGUAAAUACCCUAGAUUUUAUUAUUGUUAAUUUUUUAUAUACAUAUACCCAUAGUAGUAGUCUCUCUGUUAUAUAGUAUAAUUUUAUUCAGUUUCAGGUCAUAAAGUACAAUAGCCGAGCAUCAAUAAAGACAGUAUAAAAAUAAAAUAUGCUGUCAAAUUAAAGAAAGAAGAAAAGAAGUAUAAAUAACUAAAUAUUAAACUAAAAAAAAUUAUAGACCAAGACACCUCAUUAUCUUAUAUUUGGCUUGCGUAUUGAUGUUCGGAAAUAUCUGUCGCUCUAAUUUACAAUUACUUGCUCUAUUAAUGAACAUGGUCGUAUAAUGAGUACCGUGAGGCGUAUUUGAAAGCUUUUAUUUUUUGAUCUGUAUAUAGAGUAUUUGAUAAAGUAUUUCUACAAUACUCAAAUUCAAUAAAACUAUUUUUACUGCAAUUUUUUUAUAUGUUUGUAGCAAAUUUCAAAGUGAAAUUCAUGUUUAAAUAAAAUAUCUUUAAGAAAAUAUA